AUGCUGCUGCUGCUGCUGCUGCUGCUGCUGGUAGUCGUGCCACUGCAGCAGCUGCAGCAGCUGCAGCAGCAGCAAGCGUUGCUGCUGCGUGGUCCUACGCCACCACGGCUGCUGCUGCGUCCGCGGCCGCUGCAGCGGCAGCUGCAGCAGCAGCAGCAGCAGCUGCGGCAGCAGCAGCAGCAGCUGCUGCUGCUGCAGCAGCAGCAGCAGCAGCAGCAGCAGCUCGAGGCGCCUGCUGCUGCGACUUUUGCUGCUCAGGCUUCCCUGAAUGCUGCAGAAACAAAUGCCUUGUCUCUCACGGGCUCUGUUGCUGCUGCUUUGGGAUCUGCUGCUGCAGCAGCAGAAGAGAUCAGCAGCUGCCGCACAGCAGCGCAGCAGCUGCUGCUGAGUCUCGAAGCAAAAGGGGCCACCCAGGAGGAGGGACUUUCAACAGUCUAUUUGCUGCAUGCAGCAAAGAAGCAGCUGGAGUGCUGCAGUGCUGUUGUUGCAGAGCUGCACCGGUGGCACUUCAGGCUGAAGGAGUCCGUGGCGGCGACGAGCAUGGAGGGCUUUGGCUGCGCAGUUGCUGCUUUUGAAAAGCUGGGGGCCCAAGAAGUUUUGCUGCAGGAGCUUCCGGGGGCCCUCAGGGCUUUGCUGCAGCAGCAGUGGGCAGCUCUGUGGGCCAGGACCCCCGCGGGCUGUGCUGCAGCUCUUGAGGGGCCCCUGGGGGCCCCCCUCGAGGCCCCCUUGGGGGCCCCCCUGGGGGCCCCCCUGGGGGCCCCCCUGGGGGCCCCCCUGGGGGGCCCCCUGGGGGGCCCCCUGGGGGGGGCCCCCUUUGGAGGGGGGCCCCUGGGAAGCGGCGGGAGCUUCGAGGGGGCCUCCUUGGGGGCCCCCUUGGGGGCCCCCUUCAGUGGGGGGCCCCUCGAGGGGGGCCCCCUGGGGGGCCCCCAAAUGCAGCUGGGGGGCCCCCCUGAGGGGGGCUGCAUAGCAGAGCCUGAGGCCCUAAUGACUUAUGCAGAGAAGUGGACUGCUGCUGUGGAGCAGACGGCGGGCUUCAUCCGGGCUGCUGCAGCUUCUGUGGGAGCAGCAAGAAGAAACAGCAGCAGCAGCAGCAGCAGCAGCAGCAGCAGCAGCAGCAGCAGCAGCAGCAGCAAAGCCAGCGAUAGGGGCCCCCACCAGACGAGGGCCCCCGGGGGGCCCCCCAGCCGUCGGCAGUCUUCGGAGAUGCUGCUGCCUUUUGGCUCUCUUGGGAAGCCCCAUUUGGCGGGCCAAGGGGGCCCCCCUGCUGCUAAGGCCCGGGGCCUCUGGCUGUCCCUUUUGCUGCAGUCUUUGGGGGCUGGUGCUGCAGUGCCGCUGCAGGACCUGGAGCGUUUGCUGCAGCGCUUUCGCCCGAAGCAGCAGCAGCAGCAGCAGCAGCAGCUGCAGCAGCUGCAGCAGCAGCAGCGAGAGCAGGAGCAGGAACAAGACGGGCUCCAGCUCGCUGAGCAGCUUCUGGAAGCCUACGAAGUUGCUGCUACGCUCAUUAAUGCCACUCCAGCCUUUGCGGAGACAGAGGUCUCCGAGCCCCACCUCACUGUGGAGCUGCUGCCGCCGUCGCUGCUGUCAGUUUAUUCUGCUGCUGUCUCGCGGCGGCUGUCUUUGUCUCUGGAAGCUGCCCCUCAAGGGGCUUCAAGAAAAGUGUCUCCUUUCCAGGCGGUGGCCCAAAUGCAGGAGGAGACAGAGACUGCUGUGAGGAGACUCUUGGAAGUCCUCCCGUCCCUCUGCAGCAGCAGCAGCAGCAGCAGAAGUGCGGGGGGCCCCUUUGUUGCUGCUGCUGCUGACGGGGCCCUUGUGGAGCUGCUGAACCACCUCAGCCCCAGAGUCAACGCCUUCCACCAGUCCGUCGCCCACAAGGUAACAGCAGCAGCAGCAGCAGCAGCAGCAGCAGCAGCAGCAGCAGCAGCAGCAGCAGCAGCAGCAAAGGCAAAGCAGCAGCAGCAGCGAAGCAGCAGCAGCUGCUGCUGCUUCUGCUCCUGCUGCAGACCUAAUUCCAAGCGUCGCCUGUCCUCGGCGCCUGUCGAGAGCAGCAAGAAUUGA